CAUUUGCCUGUAUGCAAAACUCAGCAAAAAGCGGUUCACUUUCCAUAGCAUAGCUUGUUCAUUUUAAGAACUUAUACUGCGUCUUAUGUGGGUGCCACUGGACGUAACUCAACAUCUUUGAAAUGCACUCAAAAUCGACUAAUUCCGAUUAAGAUAGUCAAAACAGAUGUCAUCACAUAUCGAACAAUGUCAAACCAAACAGGAAUUUCGACUAAAAUUUGGAGCGAAGGGUUAAAAAAAUUGUAUCUGAACGAAGAAACUGCUGACGUACACUUUGUAUUCGAAGUCAAUGGUAUAAAGCACCGUGUGCCCGCACACCAAAACAUUUUGGCAUCAUGUAGUCCAGUUUUCUAUACCAUGUUCUAUGGCUUACUCAAAGAGAAAGGUGAUGUCAAAAUUAUCGACGCAUCACCGAAAGGAUUCAUGGAUUUUCUCGCAAUAUUGUACUUGGGACAAGUCCAAAUCACCACUGGAAAUGUCGCAGAGCUUACAGAUUUGGUCAAUAAAUACGACAUUCCCGAAGGACUGAAAGUAUGUGAACAAUUUUUUCUGGAAAAUACCGCUACCGUUGAUUUAUGCAAACAUCUAGCUUUAGCGAUUAAAUUUAACCUAAAAAAUGUACGAGAACACUACAAAUCCGAAAUUCGUGCAAAAGCUAUCGAAGUUUUCAAAUCGGAAGGUUUUAUCAAUUGUUCAUACGUCUUGCUCCACUUCAUCUUGAGAUUGACAAAACUAAAUUGUGAUGCGAUCGAUGUAUUCAAUGCUUGUAUGAACUGGGCAAAAAAUGAUUGCGAACAAAAUGAAUUCGACGCCACGGAUCAACAAAAUCUCCGUAACACCUUGGGAGAGUGCUUUUAUCUGAUUCCUUUCGCCGCAAUGGAUGUAUGCACAUUUUCAAAAAUCGUUUUUACUCACCGACUACUUUUCACAUCCGAUGAAGCAUUUGAUUUGAUGGCAGUCAUUACCACUGGCGAAUCAUCGGAGCUGUCAAAGAAAUACAUAAAAUGUGAAGUUUUUGAUUGGGAUGUAAAUCGUUUGGUAAAAUGCAUCCGGCGUGCCUUACACCACACUUUGAUUGAUAGUGUAGAAUAUACGACAUUUAGCGUGAACAAGAAGAUGUUGUUUGGAGGAUUCAAUAUUUUCGACUACGACUGGCCUAGAUUGCCACAGGAAAUUCUACAAGUAACUGUUAGUAUCACCAGGCUAAAUGGCACCAAAGAUGAAUUGCUGGAAAGUCAUCAAUUUCAAUCACAGGGAGACGUAUUCGCUGCUGAUAUCAAAUUGAGAAAUCCGGUUGUAAUCAUUCCGGGCAUAAAAUACACCAUUUGUGUCGAUUUUUCAAACAAUGCUGUAGUGAAUGAUCGAUACAUUGUGUAUUGUUAUUCUGGAUCACUUAGACCAAUUUCACCUGCUGUUGACGAUGAUAUUGGACUUAAAUUCUAUAGACAUCCUAAAUCAAAAUUCGAUGCGAAUCACAGUGUUGUUUCGCAGCUCUACUUCAAUCAUUAUCACACCUGAAUUCAAUAGAAACUUUUUGAUAAUAAAAUAAGAUUCUCUCCUUCAAUAUUUAAAAACACAAGUAAACAUACAAAAUUCAGCAUAAAAUUAGACUAUUAUAA